GCGGUGACUGGCAGAAUGUACAGUAGAGUGAUGUUUAUUGCGGCGGUGUUAGCUGUUUUGUUGCCCGGACAUAUUUGGACUUAUCAAUUAACGAUACUUCAUACAAACGAUGUACACGCCAGAUUCGAGGAGUUUAAUAAAUACGGGGGUCGAUGUACCGAAUCUCUAUCCCAGAAGGGGGAAUGUUUCGGUGGAGUGGCCAGACAGAUGUCAAAGGUAAGAGAAAUUCGAGAAACGAACGACAACGUUAUCUUUCUAAAUGCCGGUGAUUAUUAUCAAGGUACCUUUAUGUAUACCGUUCAUAAAUGGAAAAUAGUAGCAGAUUUUAUGAAUCGAUUGGGGCACGAUGCUAUGGCUCUGGGAAAUCACGAAUUUGAUGACGGAGUGGAAGGACUUUUACCGUUUUUGGAGAACGUAAACUUUCCAGUUCUCGGAUGUAAUAUCGAUGUCGACGAAGUACCCCUUUUAAAAGGAAAAAUACUUUCAUCGAUCGAACGUGACGUAGGAGGUGAGAAAAUAGGGAUUAUCGGUUACGUAACGCCAGACACUUCCUUUUUAGCUAGUCCCGGUAAUGUGUCAUUUAAGACCGAAAGCGACUGUCUGAAAGAACAAGCGGAACAAUUACACAGUAAAGGAAUUAAAAUUAUCAUCGCUCUCGGUCAUUCUGGAUUUAGGAGAGAUCUGGAAAUUGCUAGAAGUAUACCUUAUCUGGAUGUGGUAGUGGGAGGACACACCGAUACUUUUUUGUAUACAGGAAAUCCUCCUUCGAUCGAGAAACCUCAAGGAAAAUAUCCGGUUGUGAUCGAUAAAGACGACGGAAGUAAGACUCUGGUAGUUCAAGAUUACACCUACGGAAAAUAUUUAGGAUUUCUUCGAGUUAAAUUUACGGACGAUGGAAAAGUCCAAAGUUGGACGGGGAAUCCUAUUCUUUUAGACGAAAAAGUCGAAGAAGAUCCUUUAAUACAAAACGCCUUGAAGCCGUACGUUGAAGAAGUGGAGAAAAUAUCGAAAGAAGUGGUAGGAAAAUCGCGAGUGUUGCUUCUCGGCGAAAGAAGUACUUGCAGGAUGAGAGAAUGCAAUAUGGGCAACAUGCUAACCGAUGCCGUCGUCAGCGAAUUCACGAAAAUGCCGAGAGAUCGAGGGUGGACUUCGGUUAGUGUCGCUCUUUGGAAUUCGGGAGGAAUUCGCUCUUCCAUCGACGAAAGAUACGCCGACGGAAACAUUACCAUGGAAGAUCUCAUGAACGUUAUCCCCUUCGCUUGCAUUUUCUUAAUAGUCGAACUGAAAGGAAGCGAUCUGAUUACGGCUAUGGAAGAAGCUGUCGAAAAUUAUGACGUAACGGGCGUUGACCCUCCCGGGGCGUUCUUACAAGUUUCUGGAAUGAAGAUUCGUUAUAAUUUGAAGAAAAAUCCGGGAGAGAGAGUGGAAAAAAUUCUGAUUAAAUGCUCUAACUGCAGAGUUCCGAAAUAUUUUCCUCUAAAUACGACUUCUUACUAUAAAGUUGCGAUUCCAGAUUUCAUUUACAAUAAAGGCGACGGAUUUAAAACUUUUAUGGAAAAGUCCACGUCCGUUAUUAGUACCGGUUUAGAGGAUAGUGACAUUAUUAAAUCGUAUUUACGAACUUCUUCUCCACUCGUCGUCGGUGUAGAAGAUAGAAUAAGUUUCCAAGACGAAAACCGGUGUUUAAAGUCGACGAAUUUUCAAUCUUCCAAUAGGAAAGUUAAUACUUUAUUAAUUAUUCUUUCGGUCAUUUAUUCUUAUCUACGUUAGAAUCGCUUAUCUUCUAUCGUCUAUACUAUAUAGGCCUAUAUAUAGGCCCUAUUGUUUGUUUUAUAUUUUACUGUAUUAUUUUGUAUCAAACUGCUGAUAAGAUAAGCGCUUAACCUAAUAAUAAUUUACAUCUUAUAUAUUAAAAGAUAU